AUGGCUCCCAAGCUGGAAUUUGCCUUCAUCAUGCGAGCAUACCUUUCGAAGGAGUCCUUCAAGCUCGACGGCAUCCUGAGCGGGCCAUCAAGACUCAUCCUUCCCAUCACGCACGGGUUUGUCCAGGGCCCUGGACUGAAGGCGGAGGUCCAGCCUGGCGGGGCUGACUGGUUGCUGUAUCAAUUAGUGCAUUGUCUGAGGCAUUCUCUCAACACACAGCUCGAUCCAUCCACCAACAUCGCACACCUGGACGUGCGUACACAAGCACGCACCUCAGAGGGCCACAGCCUGUACAUCCACUACAACGGGGUGUUGAAGCUGGAUGAUGCCGGGAAUAAAGUCUUCGCCGCGGCAGAUGAUGCGAAAACGACAAGUUACGGCGACCAUGAAUGGUUCGCGGGGCCAAAAAUAGAGACCAGCGAUCCUAACUUCAAAUGGGUUGAGACUUCUCUGUUUGUUGCUCAGGGGAGAUACAUUGUCGAUGACAGAGGCUCGGCCGUCGAGUAUCAGAUAUAUAAAGUAACUAAUUGA